UCAAAAUUCAAAAGGUACAAAACGACAUAUACGAAAAAGCGUCCUUCCUACCCCGCACCCUCAGCCUUCCCAGAGAAACUCGGCUACUAGUAUUCUUCCAGACAGAUGACGAUAAUAUUAAUAAAGUCGCUAACCUUAUAUAGCUUUGCAUGAUAUUAACUCUAAUUUCACAAAACCCUCUGGACAGGAACUAUUACCCUUACUCUACAUGAGUAAAAACAGGAUUGUUGACAUAUCAAAUACAUUUAACAUCCUCCCCUCUUUCCACAGAUGGUUGUAUCCUCUACACACUGUUCAGCACCUUGCUUUUUCGCUUAAGAACACAUCUUGAAGAGGAGUCCCUCUGUACAGCUCGAGUGCUCCAUGUGUGAAUGUGCAUGUAACGAUCUGCCACCCUUCCUCUACUGAUGGGCACUUGGGAAAGUUCAUCUAAACGAUGCAACAACCACCGGACCGCAGUUUCUAAAACGAGCGUGGAAACGCCCACUAGAGCGGGAAGGAGGGAAGGUUCUCGGCCCCGCCCCCUGACCCGUCUCCGGGGGACGCUCUGAGUCCUCGAACAACAAAGUCCUCCCCUGGAAGGGCCGGAAGUACUUCAGGGAGCUCACGGGGACCCGCCCCUCCGCUUCCGGCAUGGGCUGCGGGGAGUCGCUGUUGCAGGUCUCCGUGUCCGGUCGGUAGGAUGGCGCGGGGCCGAUGCGGUCAUAGCACUGAGAGCGGACGGCCGCCAAGCGCUUCCACCGUCUCCCGAAGUUUGUCCCCAGUGGCAGGGGAUGGGGGAGGCCGGUCCUUCUGUUUCGCCUGCGUUCCCCGCUCCCCCGCAUCACAGAGACGUGGGCCUCCAUCGUUCUAGCCCUCCGGCCCUGUUCCCAAGUGCCUGCUAGAGCGUCUCCUCGCCGCUUCCUGUCGCCCACGGUCCCGGUGGGGGCAGAGGGGGAAAAGGGGGCGUAGCGCGACCGCGGAGGGAACCCGCGAGCCUUGGUGGCUUGCAAGCGCCGGAAGUGUUGGGAGGGAGGCCGGAAGUGAGGGGGCGGAGCCAGGAAGUGGGGAGGGGCGGGGGUUUAUGAGGAGGCCAAGGGAGCGUUGAGGCGGAUUUGCACUCAGGGCCACCUGAGGGACUUGGCAGUAGCGCUCUGCUUUUCCCCUCCCCUCGCAGAGGCACGGUUAUCGUCUGGGAGUAGGGAACUGUGUGUGGAGGGGUGGGUUGUCGAGAGGACCUCUCUCUGGCUGCGCUUGAGGCAAGGCGCGGAGAGUCAGGGCUGGGGGUGGGGCGGGGUCGUCAGGGCGUCUGAGGGGGAGACCCCCGCCCCCGCCCCCGCCGCCCAUCUACACUGGCUGACUGGACACUAAGAUGGCUGCCGUUGCCAUGGCACCCAACCCCGUGCAGACCCUUCAGGAGGAGGCGGUGUGCGCCAUCUGCCUGGAUUACUUCACGGACCCCGUGUCCAUCGGCUGCGGGCACAACUUCUGCCGAGUGUGUGUGACCCAGCUGUGGGGAGGGGAGGAUGAGGAGGACAGGGAUGAGUUAGACCGGGAGGAGGAGGAGGAGGAGGACGGCGAGGAGGAGGAAGUGGAAGCUGUGGGGGCCGGUGGGGGGUGGGACACCCCUAUGCGGGAUGAAGACUAUGAGGGUGACAUGGAGGAGGACGGCGAGGAGGAAGAGGAGGGUGUGUUCUGGACCAGUGGCAUGGGCGGGUCCAACUGGGACAACAUGGACUACGUGUGGGAGGAGGAGGACGAGGAGGAAGACCUGGACUACUACUUGGGGGACAUGGAGGAGGACCUGAGGGGGGAGGAUGAGGAGGACGAGGAGGACGUGCUGGAGGAGGAGGAGGAAGACGACCUAGACCCCGUCACCCCACUGCCCCCGCCUCCGGCCCCUCGGAGGUGCUUCACCUGCCCCCAGUGCCGGAAGAGCUUUCCGAGGCGGAGCUUCCGCCCCAACCUGCAGCUGGCCAACAUGGUCCAGGUGAUUCGCCAGAUGCACCCAACUCCUGGUCGAGGGAGCCGGGGGACCGAGCAGGGCAUUUGCCCCAAACACCAGGAAGCCCUGAAGCUCUUCUGCGAGGUGGAUGAAGAAGCCAUCUGUGUGGUGUGCCGAGAAUCCAGGAGCCACAAACAGCACAGCGUGGUGCCUCUGGAGGAGGUGGUGCAGGAGUACAAGGCCAAACUGCAGGGACAUGUAGAACCACUGAGGAAGCACCUGGAGGCUGUGCAGAAGAUGAAGGCCAAGGAGGAGAGGCGGGUGACAGAGCUGAAGGUGGUAUCCACCAUCCCCUUUGCAUCAUCCCAGAGCCAGAUGAAGUCAGAGCUGGCAGCUGUGGCCUCAGAGUUUGGGCGGCUGACACGGUUUCUGGCUGAAGAACAAGCAGGGCUGGAGCGGCGCCUCCGAGAGAUGCACGAAGCCCAGCUGGGGCGAGCAGGAGCAGCAGCCAACCGACUCGCGGAGCAGGCUACCCAGCUGAGCCGCCUGCUGGCCGAGGCCCAGGAACGGAGCCAGCAAGGGGGCCUGCGGCUGCUCCAGGACAUCAAGGAGACUUUCAAUAGGACCCAAGUUUCUGCCUCCUGGAUCCUCCUCUCCUUCCCCUCAGUUUCUGCUCUGCCCUCUGGGAAUAUCAUGGUCCCACCCCCUGCCCGGUCCCCUUCCUCCAGGUGUGAAGAGGUACAGCUGCAGCCCCCCGAGAUCUGGUCCCCUGACCCGUGUCAACCUCAUAGCCAUGACUUCCUGACAGACGCCAUCGUAAGGAAAAUGAGCCGGAUGUUCUGUCAGGCUGCCCGAGUGGACCUGACACUGGACCCUGACACGGCUCACCCGGCCCUGAUGCUGUCCCCUGACUGCCGAGGGGUCCGCCUGGCAGAGCGGCGGCAGGAGGUUGCUGACCAUUCCAAGCGCUUCUCGGGCGACUGCUGUGUACUGGGGGCCCAGGGCUUCCGCUCUGGCCGGCACUACUGGGAGGUAGAGGUGGGCGGGCGGCGGGGCUGGGCGGUGGGCGCUGCCCGUGAAUCGACCCAUCAUAAGGAGAAGGUGGGCUCUGGGGGGUCCUCUGUGGGCAGCGGGGAUGCUAGCUCCUCCUCACGCCAUCAUCAUCGCCGCCGCCGGCUCCACCUGCCCCAGCAGCCCCUGCUCCAGCGGGAAGUGUGGUGUGUGGGCACCAACGGUAAACGCUACCAGGCACAGAGCUCAACGGAGCAGACACUGCUGAGCCCAAGUGAGAAACCAAGACGCUUUGGCGUGUACCUGGACUAUGAGGCUGGGCGCCUGGGCUUCUACAACGCCGAGACUCUGGCCCACGUGCACACAUUCUCUGCUGCUUUCCUGGGCGAGCGUGUCUUCCCUUUCUUCCGCGUGCUCUCCAAGGGCACCCGCAUCAAGCUCUGCCCUUGAUCAGCCUGCCACCCGCAGGAGCCUCUCUAGUCAGCACUGGGGGGGUGGGGGCAGGUGGUGGUUCAAGGUGGCCCAUAAGCUUGCGGGCUCAAAGGCUCCUCCCACUGUUACUGCAUUGCUUCCUGCCCCCUCUUUUGACCCCAGGACCCUGCAUCUCUAGGAGCCUAAAGAACCUUCCUGGCCGCCAGCUUGGCCUUCUCUUACGUACUAUGUGUCAAACAGGUCUGCAUGGGUCCCUGAAGAGAACAGCUGCCUGGUCAUCCCUUCCUGUGGGCCUAGGGGUCUGAGUUUGAGUAGGGGCUGAGGGGAGACUGUAGUUUCAUUACUAACUUCCCUUUCCCCACCCCUGCUCCUCAACCUUCACAUCAGUUCUGAGACUGGAGGAUUUGAGCAAUACUCAUGACAGCCCCCACUGCAGUUCCAUUUUCUGGUGCAAAUUUUAGCCAAGGGAUUUGGAAGCUUUUUUGGGGAGGCAGGCUGGGCAAAGGGUACAGCUGGGAAAUGUCUUACUCUCGGGGGGAAGUAGAAGGGAUUCUAAACUUUCCUUCCAUCCCCAAUUUCUACCUCCAUAGACUGGCCAGAAUUUAGCCUCAGUUGAGAGGUCUAGAACAGUGGACAUCAUUGAAACUACAUACCAUUACAUCACCCAAUAAAUUAUUUUCUCCCCCUCCUUUUUCCAAUGCUCAAUCCGGAAGCAAAGCUCACCCAUCCUCUCUCUCCAGGUGUUUUCACUGUCCAGCUCCUUGCCCUUAUGCUCAGUGGAGUUUGUCAGUUUCUCUCCAUGUCUUUUAGUUCCCUCCAUGUGGCAAGCCUUGACUGGGGGCCUGGGCACAGGGGUUUGGAUGCCCCAGGACAGCCUUGGGUAUAAUCUAUUUUUCUAGUAACUCCUUGCCUUCUGUCACUUAUCAGCUUUUGUCCUCUGCUUUGAUGGCUGAGGUCGUUUUACGUUCCUGAGGGAGAGGGACAAGGAAGAUGGACUGUGUUGUGGAAAUAAAAGGUUUAUUUGCUGCU